AUGUGCAAGGUACAUUUUUGAUUCAUAGUAUAAAACUCAAAAUAAAGUAAUAGAGAUUCAAUAAUAUUUGUAAUAAAAGGGAAAUGCACCACGAAAAAGAGUAAGUAGGAGUGUUGUAUGAGGUUAUGUCCUUAUCUAAUGAGGUUGAUGAAGUAUUCCUCCCUAUCCUCAUAAACAUAUUAAAAAAAGAGAGAAUUAAAGACUGCCUAGAAUUUCUCUCGUAAGAUCAAAACAAAAUGGAAAGGGAAAAGGUAGAAACUAAUCUCUGCUUGAAAAAGUGUAGACUCUUAAUGGAGAGAAGAACAUUAAGAUAAUAACAGGUGUCCUCAAAAAAGUUAAGGAUCAUGACUUUAAUACACAGAAUUACUCUAUGGAUGAUUAUAAAGAAUUUAAAAAGGAUCUAAUCACAGAAAUAUCAUUGAAUAAGAAGAUAAUAGAAUUCCUAAAAUUUUUAGUUCAACUGACUGCUUUAGAUGAGACCUAUAUUUGGUGUGGAUCAAAUUCCCUUCAUUUACUAGUUUUAAUGAAAAUUGAUUUGAAAGAAAUAUGUGUCGAGAAUAUUAGAAUAAGAAAUGCUUCAAUAAUAGGAGCUAACUUGGUAAGAUGUGAUUUAAGUGGAUCUGAAAUGGAUAAUAUCAUUAUCAGUGGAGUGAAUUUGAAUUAAGCCAAAUUAUUUAAUUGUAAGUGGAGGAAUUUAGGUAUAAAUGAGCGAAUUUAGUUUAACGGUCAUAUUGUUGGAGUAAAUUAAGUUUGCUUUUCUCCAGAUGGUAAGUCAUUAGCAUCAUGUAGCAAUGACAAUUCGAUUAUUUUGUGGGCUGUUAAAAAAGGGAAAAUAAAGUUCAGAAUCAAAAUGAAGAGGCAAGUAACACUAGUAUGCUUCUCACCUAACAAUACUAUAUUAGCUUUCAGCCAGAGAAAUGUUGUGUAUUUAUGGAAUCUUAGAACUGAAAAAUAAAUGUCAACAUUAAACGACCAUCCACAUUAUGUUAAAUCAGUUAACUUCUCUCCUGAUGGCGCAACAGUAGCAUCUAGUUCAGAUGAGUUUAUCUAUUUAUGGGAUUUUAAGACAGGAUAAUAAAAAGCUAAAUUAGAUGCUCAUCUAGGUUAUGUUCAUUCAGUCAAUUUCUCUCCUGAUGGUACUAUAUUAGCAUCCGGUGGUUUUUGCAUCCAUUUGUGGGAUGUUAAGUCAGGAUAAUAAAAAGCCAAAUUAGAUGGUCAUGCACAUUUUGUCAAUUUCUCUCCUGAUGGUACUGCAUUAGCAUCUAGUGGUUAUGAUAAGUCUAUCUGUUUAUGGGAUGUUAAGACAAGAUAAAAAAAGCAAAGUUAGAUGGUCAUUAUGGAAGGGUUUAUUCAAUUUGUUACUCUCCUGAUGGGGCUGCAUUAGCAUCUGGUGGUGAUGAUAAGUCUAUCCGUUUAUGGGAUGUUAAGACAGGAUCAUAAAAGCCAAAUUAGUUGGUCAUUAAAGUUAUGUUACUUUAGUCUCCUGAUGGUACUACAUUAGCAUCUAGUAGUGAUGAUAAGUCUAUCCGUUUAUGGAAUGUUAAGUCAAGUUAAUAAGAUGGUCAUUCUGGAUAUGUUAUGUCAGUAUAAUUCUCUCCUGAUGGUACUGCAUUAGCAACUGGUAGUCAUGAUAACUCUAUCCGUUUUUGGGAUGUUAAGACAGGAUAAUAAAAAGCCUAAUUAGAUGGUCAUUCUGGGACAGUUAAUUCAAUUUGUUACUCUCCUGAUGGUACUACUUUAGCAUCUGGUAGUGAUGAUAACUCUAUCCGUUUAUGGGAUGUUAAGACAGGAUCCUAAAAAGCCAAAUUAGUUGGUCAUUAAAGUUAUGUUGCUUCAGUCAAUUUCUCUCCUGAUGGUACUACAUUAGCAUCUGGUAGUGAUGAUAAGUCUAUAUGUUUAUGGGAUGUUAAGACAGGAUAAUGUAGAGUAAAAUUAGAUGGGCAUUCAUCAUCUGUUUAUUCAGUUAUUUUCUCACCUGAUGGUACUACAAUAGCUUCUGGUAGUUCAGAUAAGUCUAUCCGUUUAUGGUAUGUUUAAACAACAAUAGAGAUUAUACCUCGAGAUAAUUGUUACAAAGACCUUCUUUCUUAGUUUAAAUUUCCACUUUAUCAUCAAUUCUGUUUAUAUAAUUGUAAUUAUAUGUAUUACUCUUUAGGUACAAUAGAUCACACAAUACUAAGAAUAUGUAAAAAUCCUAUUUUGGAAAUAGAAGGAGCGUUAAUUUUGAAAGGAGAAUUUAUUGAUUAUUAAGGAUAUGAUUUGCGAUAAUUAUUUAAAUCUAAAGGAAGUUUUAUUUUAGAGAAUGAACUUAAAUAGAAACAAAGUUGA